AUGAAUCGCAUUUUUCAUACUAUUUUUCAGAUUUUUCCAGAGGAACAUCCCGUCCUACUUACGGAAGCUCCGCUGAACCCGAUGAAGCACAAGGAGAAGGCAGCUGAAAUAUUCUUCGAGUCGUUCAAUGUUCCUGCUCUUCACAUACAGAUGCAGGCUGUUCUGUCGCUUUAUUCUUCAGGUCGCACUACGGGAGUAGUUCUUGAUUCUGGCGAUGGGGUUACUCACGUAGUUCCUAUCUAUGAAGGUUUUGCUGUAGACCAUGCUAUUGGAAGAAUGGAUGUAGCAGGAAGAGACGUCACUCGAUGGUUGCGAUUGCUUCUGCGCAAGGAAGGCACUGAUCUCCACAGAACUAGCGAGUUUGAGAUUGUCCGUGAAAUAAAAGAAAAAGCUUGUUACUUGGCCACGAACGUGGUGAAGGAGGAAGCAAGUGAGAAUGACAAGCUUAUAUAUCCUCUGCCUGAUGGCUCGCGUCUAGAAAUUGGUGCAAGCCGAUUUCGAGCUCCAGAGGUUUUGUUCCGACCCGAACUGAUUGGGGAAGAAUGGCCUGGUAUAGCGCAACUCGUCAAUGAUUCUAUACGG